AACCUCCUCGAAUAUUCGAGAUAGAGAGAAAUGACAAAGGGUUUCGUAAGGAAAACCCCCGCGAGAGGUACAGCAAUCAGCGAAGUGGCGGCAGGAAUGAUGAUCAACGCCAGAGACAAAACGCCUUCAUCUCGGGGCGGUUACAAUAGAGGGAAAGAAUUGGUGAACUUGGAUGACCUGAGGUCUGGGGCUAUUCACCAAGAGUAAUGGUGCCAGACUCUGAUGAUCAUUCACCAGUUGAAGAGUAUGUGGAAAACAGAGGCUCAGAUUCAAGCUCAUCGGAUGAGGAAGUGAAAAGGAAGAGCAAAAAGUCAAAGAAGUUCAAGAAGAAGAAGACUAUGAAGAACCGCAAGCAGUCAGCGAGCGACUCCAGCAGAGACGGGUCAGAGGAGGAGGACACCAACGGGGAUCUGUGGGUGGAGAGGACCUGCAUUGACAAACACAUGGUGGGCCCAGAGGCCCCACUCACCCACCUGUCCCAGGACGAUAAGCCUCUCGAGUCAUGCCCUGCUGCCAGGUGAGGGUGCCGCUAUGGCAGAAUAUGUGAAAGCAAGCAAGCGUAUCCCAAGAAGAGGUGAAAUCGGGUUGACUAGUGACGAAAUCGCAACCUUUGAGAUGUCUGGCUUCGUGAUGAGUGGUAGCAGACAUCGUCGUAUGGAGGCUGUGCGUCUGAGAAAGGAAAACCAGAUCGACAGUGUGGAUGAAAAGAGAGCCUUGGCAUCAUUCAACCAGGAGGAAAGAGGGAGAGCAAAAUCCUCUCCAGCUUCAGAGAAAUGGUGUACAGGAAAACUAAAGGCAAAGAGGACAAAUUAGCCUUUUUGCUUCAGAUAACUUUUUCUCCCAGCAUUAUCUUUCGUUGUGUUUUUUUUCUCAUCGUUUCGUGAUUUGAGAAUGUUUUUAUUUCCUCUUUGUAUUGGGAAUUAGGCUUAUAUUACUUAUAUUUUAAAACCUCUCUGACACAGUG